AAGUAUUAAAACAUAUAACUAUGUAUGAUCAGUAAAGAAACAUAAUUAAAAUAAUAAUAAAUUAACGUUAAAUAAAGAACACGCGAAAUCAGUGACAGAGACGUCAAGUGACAUAAGAACUGCGCGCGUAAAUCAGCGUAAAUAUGUCACGAACAGGCACGAAACUCGAUUCAAAAAAAGUUAAUUCAGAAUUAUUUACAUUGACGUAUGGCGCACUGGUAGCCCAAUUACUGAAAGAUUAUGAAAAUGUGGAAGACGUAAAUAAGCAAUUGGAAAGAAUGGGCUACAAUAUGGGAAUUCGCUUAAUAGAAGAUUUUUUAGCACGUACUGGAUCUGGUCGAUGUUAUGAUUUUCGAGACACAGCUGAAAAAAUACAAACUGGUUUUAAAAUAUUUUUGGGUAUAACUCCGACAAUUUCUAACUGGAGUGCAGCUGGUGAUGAAUUUUCUUUAUGUUUUGAAGCAAAUCCAUUAACAGAGUUUGUUGAAUUACCAGACCAUUGUUUAAAUUUAAAGUAUUGUAAUAUAUUAAUCGGAGUAUUAAGAGGAGCUUGUGAAAUGGUACAAAUGGAAAUUGCUUGUUGGUUUGUACAAGAUCAACUUAAGAAUGAUAAUAUAACUGAAUUACGUGUAAAAUUUAUUAAACGACUAGAAGAUGCUAUUCCAGCAGGUGAAGAUUAAAUAAUUUUAUGUCAUUGGAGCUAUACAUAACUGUAGUACAUAGAAACUUAAAUGUACAUGGUUUAUUAUAAUAUUUACGAACAACGUUAGGUUAUUAAUUAACUUGAUCUUAAUAACUCUUAAUUAUAUUAAUGUAUUCACGAAAUAAAGUAAAAACAUUCUAACAUUUAGACUCGAGAAUGUCUAAAGUUAGUGUUUUUUAAAAUUA